GGAUACCAAUACCCCUGGCAUCAUUGUAUGGUCACCCAGCUGAGAAGGUACCAGGUGAAAUGUCAACUGACACAGACUUUGUUCCUGCUAGCUCAGAAGAAACUACCCAAGAUCUUUUUGUGCCAGAUAAUGUGAAGCAACCCUAUAGCAGCACUAGUGAUGAAGAGUCUGAGGAACUGUAUGCAUCAAAAGGGAAGAAAUGGAGGAGAAUAGCCUUGGGUAUGGAGUCAGACACUUGUGAUAAGGACAAGGGAGAUACUGAUAGAAGUGCAUGGAAGGAAGCCAGUGACCCAGGCAAAAAGAAAAAGUGCCAGGGUCGAAAAGCAACAGGCAAGGAUAAUGGAAAACGACCCCAUAACAGCUCUAGUGAUGAAGAGUCUGAGAAACUGCAUGCAUCAAGAAGGAAGAAAUGGAGGAGAAAAGCCUUGGUUAUGGAAUCAGACACUGGUGAUGAGGAUGACAGAGAAACUGAUAGAAGUGCAUUAAAGGAAGCCAUUAACUCAAGAAAAAAGAAGUGCCAGGAUCAAAAAGCAAAAGGCAAGGAUAAUGUGAAACGACCCUAUAAUAGCACAAGUGAUGAAGAUUCCGAGGAACUGCAUGCAUUAACAGGGAGGAAAUGGGGGAGAAAAGCCUCGGUUAUGGAAUCAGGCACUGAUGAUGAGGAUGAGGGAGAUACUGAUAGAAGUGCAUUAAAGGAAGCCAGUAACUCAAGAAAAAAGAAUUGCCAGGAUUGAAAAGCAACAGGCAAGGGUAAGGCUGGUCAUAAAUGGCAGUUACUAUCAGUAAUGAAAUAACAAAUCAGGUCAUUACAAGGGGUAAAAUUCAUGGAAAUGUUUUUUUGUAGGCUGUGUAUGGUACAUGGAGGAAGUAAUACUGUUUGGUUGUUGCUGUUUUCCAAUCAUUUGUGUGGCCUUGUAUGGGGAGUUGUAUGUGUGGCCUUGUAUAGCCAAACCUAAGUUAUGCAAAAUCUGCAUAUCAUUGUGGGGAUGUCUCUACAUCUUGUUUGCAUUACGAAGAUAGUUGCACAUUAACAUAUUUCCACUGUCACACCGAGUGACAUUGUUUGGACACGCACACUUGUUUGCAUCAAACUAUAAUAGGUAAUAAUGCUGUUACAAAAAAAUGUGUGACAUUCUGGGGACAUGUUCACUUGUUUGG